GCUGCGACAUUGAUGCAGGCAGACAUGAAAACCGUGGAAGGUUUGUACAAUAGCGCCGUGGACCUCGACCGACUUAACUCAGCUCAGGUGCGCUACAUACUUCGAGCCUAUCGCCCAUCGUAUGCUCGCUCCCUUCGGCAUCUCAAAGACGCCUCCAGCAUCACAACCGGAUCCACAUCUGAGUGCAUUUCUGUCCAAUGGAUUGACUUUAUAAUAUCCGGAGUGACUCAGGUUUCUGAUCGACUUUUAUCGGAAGAAUCCGAGCAAUCAGAUUGGAAACCCCAGCUCCUUGAGCCUCUAGACCUUCGUCUUCCAAUCCUCCUUCCAGACGAUUGUUAUCCCUCUUCCACACGGAUUCGAAAUCCUCAUCUUGAAUCAAACACAGAGUCUUCCCAUGAGUGCCAAACAGAUCCCGAUAACUCAUCUUUAAAAAGCCAAUCUGGAGCCGUGGAAGUCAGCGAACUUUCAAACUAUCUUCAGCCAGCACUUCUCAGUGGAUGGUGCCGCCUGUCUUUCAGACAAAAUCCAAAUCUGAGAUCUGAACCCUGGCUGUCCUGGGACGUUUAUCUAGCAGCUGAAAAUGUAUCUUCAUCUAAUGAGAAAGUUUCCAAUCUCUCAGUUGAUGUCGAUUCGCCAUCAAGAGAUAGUCCUGGACCAAAGACCCCUCCCGCUUGUGAACCACCAUUGCCUCCGGUCCCAAAACCCAUAGAACUCAUCAAUACAGACUCCCCUGUCCAAGAAUCUACAACUGAACUCGACUCAGCCAACCUCUCAGAUUCUACAAAGGUUGACGACAGCAGUAGUAUUCGGAUAUUCUCCGUCGCUGUUCCGAAAAUUGGCAACAAUCUCGGUUUGAGUAUAAUUGCAGCUCGUACAUUCGUAUUACUAAUAUGUGCCCUUUAA